GCGGGCCGGGCGGGUGGGCGGAGAACGCCGAAGGGCGAGGCCCGGCUGCAGGGGCUACUCGGCCCAGGAGGAGCCCGCGUCCGGCUCAGCCUUGCAGCCCCGCGCCCUUGAGCAUCUUCCCGGAGGAAACGGAGACAAAGGAGGAUUCAUGUCCAAAGAUGCCCAAGCCUGGAGAAAUGCACAGACGGGAAGGCGGAGAGGCACGGAGACCCCCGAACAAGCAAGCGGGCACCGCGAUGCGCGCUGGAGCACACUAGGACGAGCGCACACGCACCCCACGCACAGGGCUCCCGGAGACCAGGACGGACGCAGCCAUGUCAGAGCUGGUGCCUGAGCCCAGGCCUAAGCCGGCAGUGCCCAUGAAGCCCGUGGGCAUCAACCCCAACCUGCUGGGCUACAUCGGCAUCGACACCAUCAUCGAGCAGAUGCGCAAGAAGACCAUGAAGACCGGCUUCGACUUCAACAUCAUGGUGGUCGGUCAGAGUGGACUGGGCAAGUCAACACUGGUCAACACCCUCUUCAAAUCCCAAGUGAGCCGCAAGGCCUCCAGCUGGAACCGGGAGGAGAAGAUUCCCAAGACAGUGGAGAUCAAAGCUAUUGGGCAUGUGAUCGAGGAAGGUGGUGUCAAGAUGAAGCUGACCGUCAUUGACACGCCGGGCUUUGGAGACCAGAUCAACAAUGAACGCUGCUGGGAGCCCAUUGAGAAGUACAUCAACGAGCAAUACGAGAAGUUCCUGAAGGAGGAGGUGAACAUCGCCAGGAAGAAACGCAUCCCUGACACUCGUGUCCACUGCUGCCUCUACUUCAUCUCCCCGACCGGACACUCCUUGCGACCUCUCGACCUGGAGUUCAUGAAACACCUCAGCAAAGUUGUGAACAUCAUCCCUGUCAUUGCUAAGGCUGACACCAUGACCCUGGAGGAGAAGUCUGAAUUCAAGCAAAGGGUUCGAAAGGAGCUUGAAGUGAAUGGCAUUGAAUUCUACCCCCAGAAGGAAUUUGAUGAGGAUUUGGAGGACAAGACAGAGAAUGACAAAAUCCGGCAGGAGAGCAUGCCUUUCGCUGUGGUGGGAAGUGACAAGGAGUACCAAGUGAACGGCAAGCGGGUCCUCGGCAGAAAAACUCCCUGGGGCAUCAUUGAAGUGGAAAACCUCAACCACUGUGAGUUUGCCCUGCUUCGAGACUUUGUCAUCAGGACGCACCUCCAGGACCUCAAGGAAGUGACACACAACAUCCACUACGAGACCUACAGGGCCAAGCGUCUUAAUGACAAUGGAGGCCUCCCCCCGGGAGAAGGCCUCCUGGGCACUGUCCUUCCACCCGUGCCAGCCACCCCCUGCCCCACUGCCGAAUGAAGGCCAUUCCAGGCGCUGCUCCUCCCUCCAUUCCGCUCAGCUCUUCUUGCUGCAGGGCCACGCGCUCUUUAGCGCUGUGCGUGUCGGGCCCACCGCCACAGCCCCUCUCAGCCCUCAGCAGAUGGGGGCGGCCAGCUGCCUCUUUAGAACAGUUGCUGCUUCCAUUUAUCCACACCACCCCUCUCCUCCCAGUGGAAUGGAGUUCCCGCCAGCACUGCCCUCCUCCAUCGUCUGUGUCAGCUGGUCCUAGCCCAUCCGUAGGGUGAAAGAACUCACCAAGAGCUUCUUCUGCCCUUGCAAACCCAUAUCAGCUACUUGUAACCAUCUCCAAGGGAUAUGGCGUUGCUCCCUGUCCAUUCAUCUGCAUGAGCUGCUCUUGACUUCCUUAAAGGGUCAAGAAAGCAACUUUUCUGCUUGUCGGAUUUGUUGACGUCAGCUGUGUGAGCCCCAAUGUGGGACAAGGGUGUCUCCUUCAUUGCUUAAAGCUUAUUUGUAAGGAUGGGUCACUCCAGAUGGGGGGGAGCAAGGGCCAGGACCACUUUUUAAAAAAAAUCACCGCUGGUGACUGGCCCAGAGUGCAGCCACGCACCCUCCCUACCCCAUAUAGCAGCCAUUUAGGAAUGGUGGUUUUCCUGAAGAGACAUUCCUGGAGUUGACUUCCUUAUCCUUAGAUUUUAAAUAAGAACUAAACAUACACACCAAAUUCCGGAAGCUCACGAGAUGUGAACUCUAGGAAGAAAAGCACCCUUCUGUCCACUUAGCAAUAAGAGGGAAUCUUUUCCCACCUACCCUGGCUACUCCUACACCCCACCCCGCCCCCACUCCAUUAAUGUGAGUAAUGAAUUAGCCUGGCCACAGUCGGUCACUGCAGGCUGGUGGAAAAUCCCCAGUGGAGGGCAAAGCCCUCCCAUCAGAUGCAUGAAUGUUUGCGAAUGUUGGCUGCCACUGCCCACCCCUGCACUGAGUCUUUAUGGACUACCCGUUGCCCACUGCCCGACCACUUCCACCUGGACACAACUUGCUCAAAGGCUGGUGACUUGUGGGCCAUUCAUCUACAACCAAGUCCUGAUGGAGCAAGAGGCCCAAGCCUAGGGGAUGCAAGAACGACCCAUUUCUUAAAUGUUACCAGUCCCAGCCAACCUUUUGGUGACAUUACGGUUAAUUUUCCCAAUUGAAAGUAAGCCAACAGACACUCAAACUGGUUGUGUAAAUGUUGCUAGACUUUAUGUGUUGUACAACUAAACAUUGCUGUUUGAACAAUAA